CAAUCUUUCUCUAUUCACUUUUAGGAUAUCUUUCACGGGCAUGCCGGGCACUUACACAUUAUUCGUGAACAUCACACUUUCGCUGCUCUGGCUUCGAAUCGUGUGCCGUGACGUAGGGGUCAGAAAUUACUUGCCAAUUUUCGCAACGGCAGUCAUUUAUGCUUCCUACUUAAUUUAUGGAAGUGUUUGGUUUAUCUGAAACUUCAACUCUCAAAUAGAUGUUAUAUGUAUAUGCAGAGUACGCGUACAAUGCCAGCUAUAUAUAGCCAAUAUCUUUUCCCAGCAGCAGGAAAAUGAAAAGAACAAAAUGAAAAUGCAUCGGGAGAAAGGGACAGUCGCUCAGAGGAUUCUAGAAUUGCGAUUAAACAGAGUUACGUCACCUUUAGUAAUAAUCCAAAAGGAAAACAGCAUUUCAGCAGCCAAGCGUAAAGCUUCAUCACGUCACAACCACAAUUCUGAUUUCCUUCUGAACACCGUGGUGAUUGAUAUUGGUCUUAAGGCGGAUUCAUCUCUGGGAGAGAAACACAACAACAACCACAUUGAAGAAAAGUUCAGAACUAGAAUGAUGAACCCGCCUUUACUGCCGGUUUUGCGAAAAUCCUACCCAACAAGCGUGAAGAUACCCAUCGUUCUCAGUCGCUUGACGAGCUCAACGCCCUUUCUAUCUGCCCCUUCACUAAGGAUGAACGCGUUGUGGCACGGCAAUUCUAUGAUCGUUACCGCCAAAUAAAUUGUAUAGUGUUGCGCAGCACUGUUGCGAGUGUAGCAUACUUAUAGCUACUAACGGUGAUUAAAAAAUUGAAAUUUUUAAAGUAUAAAAUUUCAAAAGACAAUUUUGUCAUCGAAAAAA